GCAGAAGCGAGUUAAAGCAAGAAGAUCCUUAUUUAACAUAACCUCUGACAAACAUAAAAAUGAUCGGACCCAUAAAACAUAUUUAUUUCUAUAAUGCCUAAUACUCUCUCAGACAAAAUUCAAGAAGUGGAUAUUAACGAUGUAUUUGACGAUAUUCUAUUCAGCGAGGAGAAAGUAGUAGAAAAGGGCUACCAGCAAGGAUUCGCAGCCGGUUCUUCACAAGACAGUGUGGAUGGAUACCAUUUAGGCUAUCACAGAGGAGCGGAAAUAGGCUCAGAAAUAGGUUUCUACCAGGCAUUUUCGCAACACUAUUUGAACGAAAAUCCACCUGAAAAGGUUCUCAAAAACCUAGAAGCUCUCAGCCACGGCUGUUGUGAGUUUCCGCGCAUUAAUUGUGAGAGUACAGAUAUAUUUGAGGCGAUUGAAAAACUCCGAGGACUCUACAAAAAAAUUGCAACUCAACUGAAGAUUAAGACCAGUUUCAAGAAGGAAGGCAUUCAAUUUUGAGCAUUAUGAACAAAUCAACGGUAAAGCAUCAAAUUGAAUUAACUUUGAAGCAUCUGGAACCCCAUCUCGCAUUAGCAAACGUGCAUAUGGUUGAUUAUUUCACUAAAAAUGCCUUUGCCACACAUAUUCCCCACCAAAUACGAGAUGAAUCUUCAAAUCACGGCUAUCAAGAUACUAUCAGAGCCAUUUACGCUCAGCAAACUGAACAUCUACCGGCAUUAAAUAUGUAUAUUCAGAAGAGUAGAGAACUGACCCUGAAAAACACCACAGUUUGCAUGUCUUUGGCGCAAUUCAGGAACAAAUUAAACGAGCUGGGUGGCCAGGAAGCUUCGUCGUUGAAACUCGAUAUUUUUAUGAAGUCGAAAAAAUCUCAUGAAGUGGAAAUAUUGAGUGGUGCAGUGGCUGCUAUAAGGGAUCUAUCGCGUACCUCACAUUUAAUCGAUAUAGGAGAUGGAAAAGGUUAUCUAAGUUCAAUGCUGGCUUUGCAUUACCAAAUUCCCGUUCUAGGAGUAGACGCUUCAGAAAUAAACACAAAUGGGGCCGUCGAUAGAGCCAAUAAAUUAUCAAAAGUUUGGAAUGGCGUCGUGACAAACAUCAAAACAAGAGAAACUAGCAUAAAUUGCU